GGAGGAAGGAGGGGGAGGGAAAACUUCACUUCCCAGCAUGCCUCUCACCCCUCCUGUCCCGUGUUGGGCGGCUGAGGAUUCUCAGUGCGGGUAUAUCUGUGUGCUCGAAGUGGGAGCGGCGGUAAUGAGGUGCGUGUGAAACCACCAUCCUGUCCCGGGAGGAGUCGGAGUUUCGCAGAGCCGUAAAUGAACAUCUUCCAAAAAUGAAAACUCGGAGACCAUUAAGGGGAACAAGAACUUCUGAAAAUAGAAUAGAUUCACCGAAGACAGUAAUUGUGAUCCAGGACAUUAUCCACAUUUUUUUAAACUGAUAAGGAUAUUGACAUAAAUUUGUUGGUUGAAUUGUUGAGUGCAAUACUUCGAAGUGUGCCUUUUGACAGGUUUUCUCCUCUUGCUGAAGCAAAGUUUAAGGUUGUCUCAGAAGUAGUGAAAUGAAGAGACUGUGUGAAAAAACAAUGUCUAUUUCUGUUUCUGAAGAGAACAAUUUCAUAAUGAUGUAACCUCUCCCUACAUCUGGAUGUGGUGCUAAAAGCAAAGCAUUUUUGACGUGAAGCUGUGUGAAGAGGACCUUUCAUUAAAAUAACUUCAGCCAAAAUAAUCUUAAACAUCAUCAUGUACAGACUGAAAAGGAAAAUGAAGAUGACUUAGAUAGGAGGAUGUUUCUUUGAACUUUGAAAGAGAAGUGUGAGAUUACCCUUGCAACAUUGCAGGAUAAAGGAAGAAAACACAUUUUCUUGACCAUUAGGCAGGCCUUGACAGAUUUAAAUCAAGUCAGAUGUCAUCAAACGAAUCUUCUCCAUCCUUACAAAAGUUUUCCCCAUCUGUGUCCCAUGCUGCUGCUCCACCUACCCCUUCUUUAUCUUCAAGUCCACAAUCUGGACUCUCAGGUCGGCUGUCCAAUGGCAGUUUCAGCACACAAAGUCUCACCAACUCCAGGGGCUCUGUACAUGGAAUCUCCUUCCUGCUGCAAAUUGGCCUCACUCGUGAGACUGUUACAAUUGAGGCUCAAGAUCUCUCUCUUUCCAUUGUCAAAGACCUAGUGUGCUCUGUAGUUUAUCAAAAGUUUCCAGAGUGUGGUUUUUUUGGCAUGUAUGACAAAAUUCUCCUCUUCCGCCAUGACCUGAACUCAGAAAAUAUUUUGCAGCGAAUUACAUCGGCUGAAGAAAUACGUGAAGGUGACCUCAUUGAGGUUGUUCUUUCUGCAUUGGCUACAGUUGAAGAUUUCCAGAUUCGUCCUCACAUGCUGUAUGUGCAUUCUUACAAGGCCCCCACUUUUUGUGACUAUUGUGGAGAGAUGCUUUGGGGCUUGGUACGACAAGGGUUGAAAUGUGAAGGAUGUGGAUUAAACUACCACAAGCGAUGCGCCUUCAAUAUCCCAAACAACUGCAGUGGUGUAAGAAAGAGGCGUUUAUCUAAUGUAUCUUUACCAGGAGCUGCACUUUCAGUCCCAAGAUCAGUACAAUCUGAAUACACAGCUACAGCUACAGAAGAGCGUUCCCAUCCAGAGCCCAGUAAGAGGAUUCCUUCCUGGAGUGGGCGUCCAAUAUGGAUGGAAAAGAUGGUGCUUUGCAGGGUGAAGGUUCCGCAUACCUUUGCUGUUCAUUCUUACACUCGACCCACCAUAUGCCAGUACUGCAAACGGUUACUCAAGGGUCUUUUUCGCCAAGGAAUGCAGUGUAAAGACUGCAGGUUUAACUGUCACAAGCGUUGUGCCUCUAAAGUACCCAAAGAUUGUCUUGGAGAAGUAGUGUUCAAUGGAGAACCAGCUAGUCCAUGUCAAGAUAUUGGUAUGCCAAUGGAGGUUGACAGCAGUGAGAUGAACAGUGAUGGAGGUAGGGGCUUGGAUGAUGUGGAAGAACCUUCUCCUCCAGAAGACAAAAUGUUUUUUAUGGAUCCAGCAGACUUAGAUGGGGACAAAGAUGAAGAGACUGUCAAAACCAUCAGCCCUUCGACAAGCAAUAAUAUUCCGUUAAUGAGGGUUGUGCAAUCUGUCAAACAUACAAAGAGGAAGAGCAGUACAAUGGUGAAGGAAGGAUGGAUGGUUCAUUACACUAGCAGAGACAACCUGAGAAAAAGGCAUUACUGGAGACUGGAUAGUAAAUGUCUUACGCUAUUUCAGAAUGAAUCUGGGACAAAGUAUUACAAGGAGAUUCCACUUUCUGAAAUUCUCCAGGUGACUCAGCCACGGGAUUUCUCAAAUGUGGUGCAUGGCAGCAACCCUCACUGCUUCGAAAUAAUCACUGAUACCAUGGUGUAUUUUGUUGGCGAGAAUAAUGGCAGCAAUCACCACAAUCCUGUUCUGGCUGCUACUGGAGUUGGACUGGAUGUAGCACAGAGCUGGGAGAAAGCUAUUCGUCAGGCUUUGAUGCCAGUCACACCUCAGGCUAGCAUUUGCACUGCUGCAGGACAAGGGAAAGAUCACAAAGAAUUAUCUGUCAGCAUUUCUGUUUCCAAUUGCCAGAUACAAGAAAAUGUGGAUAUCAGUUCCAUAUAUCAGAUCUUUGCUGAUGAGGUGCUUGGUUCUGGUCAGUUUGGCAUUGUAUAUGGAGGAAAACAUAGGAAGACCGGAAGGGAUGUGGCAAUUAAAGUCAUUGAUAAAAUGAGAUUUCCUACAAAACAGGAAAGUCAGCUGCGCAAUGAAGUGGCCAUUUUGCAGAAUUUGCACCACCCUGGGAUUGUGAACCUGGAAUGUAUGUUUGAAACUCCAGAAAGGGUUUUUGUUGUGAUGGAAAAACUUCACGGAGAUAUGUUGGAGAUGAUUCUUUCCAGUGAGAAGAGCCGGCUUCCAGAAAGAAUCACCAAAUUCAUGGUCACCCAGAUACUUGUUGCUUUGAGGAAUUUACACUUCAAGAAUAUUGUGCAUUGUGAUUUAAAACCUGAAAAUGUACUAUUAGCAUCAGCGGAGCCAUUUCCUCAGGUGAAGCUAUGUGAUUUUGGUUUUGCACGCAUUAUUGGUGAGAAGUCUUUCAGGAGGUCUGUAGUGGGAACUCCAGCUUAUCUUGCCCCGGAGGUGUUAAGAAGUAAGGGCUACAAUAGAUCUCUGGAUAUGUGGUCAGUGGGAGUCAUCAUUUACGUGAGCCUUAGUGGGACAUUUCCAUUUAAUGAGGAUGAAGACAUAAAUGACCAGAUCCAAAAUGCAGCAUUUAUGUAUCCACCAAAUCCUUGGAAGGAAAUAUCUAGUGAAGCUAUCGAUUUAAUAAACAAUUUGCUUCAAGUGAAGAUGAGAAAACGUUACAGUGUUGACAAAUCACUUAGUCACCCAUGGUUACAGGAUUAUCAAACUUGGCUUGACCUUCGGGAGUUUGAAACUCGCAUUGGAGAGCGUUAUAUUACCCAUGAGAGUGAUGAUGCUCGCUGGGAAGAACAUGCAUAUGAACACAAUCUUGUAUACCCCAAACAUUUCAUUAUGGCCCCCAAUCCAGAUGAUAUGGAGGAAGACCCAUAAUUAUUCUCCAGGGAAAUGCACUUAAUUUAGACCAAUGCUGAUACUUUGUUGGAGCAAGUGUUGCUCUUUGCUCUUCAAUCUACAAAGCAGUGAAGGAUCUUGCAUCAGUCUGUGGAUGGACUAGAUGAUUUGGAAAAGCUUUCCAUCUCUAGUUCCUACGACUAUGAAUGUGAUCUGGCAUUGGGUUAAACGCCAUGAAAUAUUUGUGUAACAUUGCCUUACUGGUACAUCACAGUGAUGUUACUGACAGAUGAAGUGCACAGAGACUUGAUGGAGUAUGUGAAUUUUCCAGGGUUUUUUGUAGUUUACACAACAAAACAAUUUUAAUGGUUUGCUAGUUCCUGCCUAUUAAGCCAUAAAAUACCAUUUUCUGGUAUUUAGAUACAUCUGUUAUGAGAAAUCUGAAUUAUAUACCAUGACUAAACAACUACAAAAAAUCUUGAUUUUUAAGGCCCAUACAAAACACUGUUAGAAUAUAUAUUUAGCAGGCAUCUUAGAAAAGCAAUAAAAGUGAAAAUAGACUGUCUUCAAGUCGAUCUCGACUUAUGGCUACCCUAUGAAUAGGGAUUUCAUGGUAAGGGGUAUUCAGAGGUGGUUUACCAUUGCCUCCCUCCGAGGCUAGUCCUUCCCAGCUGGCUAGGGCCUGUUCAGCUUGCCACAGCUGCACAAGCCAGCCCCUUCCUUGUCCGCAACUGCCAACUGGGGGGGCAGCUGGGCUCCUUGGGACUAUGCAGCUUGCCCAUGGCUGCACAGGUGGCAGGGCACGUAACCCCUGAGCCACUCACUGUGAGAGUGACCCUUGGCCCUUGACACCCAGGAGACAGGAGCGGGGAUUUGAACUCUGAGUUUGGAUUCCCAGCCAGGCUCUCCUCCCCACCGUGCUAUGCCAGCUGUUAAUAAAAGUGAAGGGGACAAAUAAUGUUGAUUGAGACAGCUCAAGAUUUGCCUGUAAGGUCCUUCAGCUUAAUUAGAGAAACCUCUUGAUGUAUGGAAAUACAGAGUAGUAAAAGGACUUCAUAGUCCUACUGAAUACAGGCAAGCUGUUCUUUAGCUGUUCCAGUUAGGAGAACAAAAACCAUAUAUGGUGGAUUAGCACUGUAUGACAGAUGUUAGUGUGACUUUGGGGUGUAUUGAGGGCUUGGUAUCUUUAAGGGCCAGAACCUAGGGGUGUAAUUUGCAUAUGGCCGGGAAGAAAAUGUGCUUCCCCAGUUUUUGGGGGGGCACAACAGUUUCCUCAGCUAGACAUAAUCCACCACUGAGUUUAAAAAAAGCAACUGGUCUCUUCUGCAGAGGACAUUGUUGCAUUGGAUAAAAUAAAUUGGAGCUCCUGCAGUGUGUAUUCUCUCUCAUGGCACAUGGGACAUCUUUGGCUCCAGCCAAGUAGCAUACAGUGCGUGCCUAAGAUCUUAGGUUGCUUAGCCUUCCACUGUGGAAAAUGAUUUGUGGUGGGAAGUUCAAAGUAGUAGGUAUGUUGCAAUACCGUUGUGGGGAGAAAAUAUACUUCUUCGCGCCUGUUCAUUUUUGGUCUGUGUGAGACUUGUCUGUAGUAGCUUGGCCAAAAAGAAUCUUUAAUAUUCUUUAAAGGACACAGCUAGGAAUUAAUAUUUUAUUUAAUUUUCAAUUAAUUCUAGUAACUUCAGACUCCACAGUGCAAUAUAUCGUUAGGAUCUCUGGUGUCAUGGAGGAAGAUGCCAUCAUUUUGUGGUUACAUUGCUGUUGAUUUUUCUUUGCUUUUUAGUUUGCUUCUCUUCUGCUUUCUUGAAACCUUGAAGUUCAGCGAAAUCACUAGUAGCUCUUCACUGUUUUAGCUGCUAGUGAUUAGGAGGUGUGAGAGGAGUUGUGGCAUGAGGCUUUGCCUUUUGCUUCCUGGGUUUGUCACUCAGAAGUUAAGGGUGGGGAGAAAGGAUGCCUCCAUCUUUCCUCGUUGCACACAGAUUCAGUUGCAAGGUGCUUGAUGCAGUUGCCUUUUUCUUAAAAGAUCUACUGAUAAGAAAAGGUGGCUUGGGGCUGAAGCUUCUUUCCUCUUUGUUCUCUUUCUGCUAACAGGUCUGCCUAAGAGAUGCUUACUCAUAUGUAAUGCACACAGUUCUCAAUUAUGGAUGAGGAGAAUCAGUUUGGCAAUCACUCCUAGACUCUAAUGGAUAUGAAUGGGUAUUUCUUUACAGAUUGAUUAAUUGCAUUAACUUUUUAAUUAAAGAAUUCACUUGCAGGCUACUAUUUGUUCGAUGAUAGUAUUAAUUUUUUGUUGCUAUGUGAAUAACAGCCUGUCAAUUCUGUUUGCAUCCACCUUUCUUCUUUUUCUGAUGUCUUGUCCAACUUUUUCCUCAGAUCUUUCUUUAGCAUCUUUUCUCCUACAACUGUCAUCAGCUGACUUCUUGUUCCUUUGCUUUCCCCUGACAUUCCUGCCCUCCCUUCACCUGUCCUGUAUUGUACGUCAUCACAGGACUAGGCUUUACACUUGUGCUAAAAUUAUUCCAGUGUAUGUCUGUGAAUUACAACUACGUAAAGAGCAAGACAGGAACAAGGAGGAGGAAUCUCAAAAAUCUUACCCCAAUAAGAAAUGGCCCAGUGCAUAUGUAUAUUUAGUUAAGUUAAAACAGUUUUUUAAACCAGUGACAUCUUGAAAAAUGAUGGAAGCAGCUAUAUGAAGAUAAUUUAAAGCCUCAUGCUUGCUGUUGAAUUGUAAUGGAUUGGGGUGAAAACACAGAAAUUUAGCCUAAUUACUCUGUGACUAGUGCGUCAUGUCCUAUGAAUUGCUCAAGUUGAUGGGACAGUAGGCUGUUUCUAAAAAGGGUUCAUCAAGCUAUCCUAAACAGAGGAAGAACUGGGUGUGGGAAGGUAAUAUGUAUGCUGGGUUCAAUUGUAGAGGAUGUGUUCACAGAGCAAGCACUGUAUUUGUGGGUAAAUUAUAUAUUGAUUGUGAUUUACUUCCACAAGCACAGAGGAAGAACUUUUUGUGCCUGAAUGUAUCUGCUUAUAUGACUAUUUUUGCAAGUUAGUUUUUAUCAGAGGUGGAUAACCUGUGGCUGUUCAGAUGGCGUUGGACCACAAUGUCCAUUAUCCUUGACCAUUGGCUAUGCUGGCUGGGACUGUUGGGAGCUAGAGUCCAAUACAUUUUUGGAGGGCCACGGUUUCCUCAUUUACUGCACAAUCUUAUGCAUCUCUAUUCAGAAAGAUGCUCCACUGAGAUCAGUAGGGUUCACUCUUGGGUAAUUGUGUAUAGGAUUGCAGCCUUAGAAUGUUAAAGGCUACCUGCCAACCAGUGCAAUGUCACUGAAGUCACUGGAAUUUCCACAAGUAAAUCUAAAAUAAAAACCUGGCUUAAACUUUUAUCUCAUUUCAACCAACUGCUCUAUUUAUAAUAGAUUAUUGGCAUACAAAUUAACUAACCUGGGUCUAGUUAUGGACUUAAUCUUUUCAGGGAAAUGUGGCCUAGAAUUCAAAUAAGCUGUUUAAACAUGCCAACAAUAACAUAUAAAUUAGGUCUAAGAGCUCUAGUAAACUGGUCAGUGAACUGCAGUCAGUCACAUGUGGAUUAUAAAAACAUUCAUUUUUACAGUAUUGAGUUGGAGAUCGUUUCAGGGAACUGAAUUCUCCAAAUGGUGAAAACCCCUCUGAAAUAAUGCAGCUGCUUGGAAAUCCAAAAGGCAAACAAAAUAGUGAACCAGCAUCUUUGAUCAGAUUAUCCUUGCAGUUAAGCUGUCAACAGAAACUUAUUCAGAAUUAAAUCUAGAAAAUGUUUUCCCCUGUAGAAAAGAUAAUUGUAAUUUUAUCGUCACCUGCUACUUGACCUUUUCUACAGUAGGCAUUGCAGGCAAUGCUCUCGGGGGGGGGGGGAAUCCACAAUAGGGAAGAGAAUGAUGAAGUCUCAAAGGCAACUAAAAUGUCAUGGAUGAAUUAAAUUAUUAGAAGCUGCUGUACUAAACUGCUCCCACUCAUGAUGGAAGUCAGUUUAUCUACAGUUGGAACUAUUCUGUAUUUAAAACAUGGGUUUCAACACUGAAAGUGACUGAUGGGUUUCAACACUGAAAGUGACUGUUGGAGCAUAACAAAAUUUGUUGUGGCAUAACUAUUAAUCUACCAGAAGCAUUCAUAGAUAUUUCAUUGGUUUGUCAUAUUGUUCUUUGUAAACUUAAGCAACAGGAUAGGUUCAAAAUUAUUCCCGUUAUACCCACAGUACUAUCCUAUAGAUGUCUACUCAGAAAUAAGUCCCUUUGCAUUCAUUAGGGUUUACUUCCAGGCAAGUGCAUGCAGGAUUGCAGCCUUAAUAUUAGUUUCAGCAUUGAACAGUCAUAUUUAAAUAGAAGCAAACCAAGUCUAGGAGGUACAGCAUAAGGUAUGUUUCUUGGUUUAAUUUCAGGACAGCAAAGGGGUGGACCAGUAGGGUUGGAAUACAAACCCUGUUGUGGCUAAAUAUGAGAAAUAACUGGAAUGUUUCUACUCUGUAACGGUUGUUACACACUUUGUAAACCAUAAAUAAACUGCAUAGCUUGCACUCUAACUUUCCUAUGAAUGCUUAAAAUAUUAUUAAAUCAGAGCUGUAAGUCACUGAAAGGUUGGCAUUAAUCUGUUGCUCCAGAUAAAUUUGUACCAUGUUACAUUAUCAUUAAUCUUUGUUUUUGAGUUUUAAGUUGCAUUCAUUGAAGAAACAGUGCUGUAUUGAUGCUAGAAGAUAUGUAAAAUUUGUACCCUCAAAAAGACACUGUCAAGUACUUUUUUAUAUUUUUAUAUGUCCCAUUGUUUGUAAAUAUCCUAUAAGCUUGAAAAUAAAU